UGUUCGUAUAUUUCACAUUUUUUGUCGUGCUGUCACUUGGUUUCUUUCUCUCGGCCAUGCAAAAUAUUUUUGUGUCCCUUUCUCCAGGCGGUUCGCUCGGCGCUCCACACAGUGACGCUACACUUUAAGACUUAGUCACUUAGUCGGUACUUUUCGCCGAAGCGAUUUACAAAUUAUGAAUUUACAGUGUGUAAGAUGCGUACAAGAAUUAUUAUUAUUGGCGCAUUAGCACCGCUGGGUCAUUUUUACUGAAGCGAUUCAUUCACGGUGAGUGAGGAGCGGCAGCAGUAGGUGGUGGGAUUCAACCGAACAACCUCCGGGGCCCAUGGGGGGGCAGCACUGACCGCCACCCCACACGCUGGAAGAAGGAGAGUGGUCAUGAUCAUGGCCCCUCCGAUGAGCGCGGCUGCCGGAGCUCAGCCCGGCCCAGAAUGUGCGGAAGUGUCUCCGGGAAGCGCUGCGAGGGGGCGCUAUGAGGCCGAGCGGGUCGAGCGGUACCGCGUGUGGCUCCGCGACAGGAUCGCGCUCCGAAAAGCGCUCGACGGCAUGGCGGACCUGGCCAGGUGGGUGGAGGGCAAACCCACGCUCACAGAAAUGGAGUGUUCGGUUCUGGAACGACUGAAGAAGUCCAAACACGCAGCUUGUGGUUCUGACCGGACUGCCGAUCCUGCACGGCACACCCCAGGCUGGUCGGACUUGCUGGUUCUGAAGAUGAGGGAUGGUACCCGGUCGGAGCCAAGUGCCAGGGCUGAUGGGAAGUCUCUGCUCCACCUGCAGAGAGGGGAAAAACUCACAAUUCACCAACAGCACAGGACGAAGCAGGAAGUGCUGGCGAGCAUGCACAUGGUGCAGCGGGGGAACAUGGCGCUGAGCUCCCACUGCCUCCCGUCCACCUUGGGAGGGGACAACGCAGCAGCACUGGACGCAUACCGGCAACGGUGCAUGAAGGAGCACCUGGAUGUCCUGGAUGAGUGUCAGGCCCAGGGGAUUGUGGUCGACCGGGCAGUACUGGAAAGAGUCCUUCUACACCCCGGGGACCGUGAUCUGAGCUCUUGGUCAAGGCUGAGACAGCCUGGAACAAGCCCAGUGCCCAACUGGGGGGGCUGGCCCCAGGGCUGGCUUUGGAGGAGCCCUGGGAACAAGAGGGCAGGCAGGGUGGAGGAGGAGAUGGAUGCUAUGAAGGUGACCGGCCAACAUAACGUUCAGAAAGUCAGGAAGAAGAGGCAUCCCGUGACUCAUGGAGCUGACUCUAAUGCCUUCUGGCCAGGCCAUGAGGAUCAUGUCAGACUUUACCUGCCCCGGGUUGGCAUCUCUUCUGAGCAUGUGUUGUUCCAGCCCAUACGUCACAACCCUGUCCCUUGCCCUGCUUGCUGGCCCAUAAACGAAAAAGGUUACUAUACUUCUGGCAACAUUGAUGGCAACAAGACUUACACACUGUUCUAGGACCUUUACCAAAACCUGUAGGAAGAAUGUCCAAAUUUUAGGUGAGUAGCAAUGCUGACUACACCAAUAAAAAUUAUUCCAAAAAGUACCUUAGGUUCUUUAACUCUGUUGGAUACAAAUUAAUAAGACUUUUCUUUUGUGUGCUAUUUAUAUGUUAUUCAACUUGACUACCAGCAGGUGGCGCAGGCCAUAAGUCAUUGC